ACAAGAGGCUAUCAGCAUUGUAGCUAGCCAAGAUGAAAUGAUUAGUUGAUCAAGCAGCGUGAGGUGCGAAGAUGUUGCCGCUAGUUGCCUCCCUCGUUCUGAGCUUGCUGGUUCCAUCACUGGGCGCAGCCGUGCCGUCGCCAGCGACGCCUGGAAGAAGCACGGCGGCCGCCCGGUGGCGCGAGCUCCACGGCAACCGCUCGUGGAACGGCCUCCUGGACCCGCUCGACAUCGACCUCCGCAGGUCCAUCAUCGCCUACGGCGAGCUCGCGCAGGCUACCUACGACGGCUUCAACCGCGAGAGGCGCUCGCCGCACGCCGGCGCGUGCCUGUACGGGCGCUCCGACCUGCUGCCUGGCGUGGGCGCGUCCGCCGCGGGCCGCCGCUACGCCGUCACCAGGUUCACCUACGCCACGUCGGCGGUCCCCGUGCCGGAGUCGGUCCUCCUCCUGCCGCUGCCGGAGGUGAAGGACGCGUGGUGCCGGGAGUCCAACUGGAUCGGGUACGUCGCCGUGGCCACGGACGAGGGCGCGGCGGAGCUGGGGCGGCGCGACAUCGUCGUGGCGUGGCGCGGGACCGUGAGGGACCUGGAGUGGGCCAACGACUUCUCCUUCGCGCCGGUGUCCGCCGCGCCGGUGCUGGGCGCCGCGGCCGCCGCGAACCCGUUGGCCCUCGUGCACCGGGGCUUCCUCUCCGUGUACACGACCAGCAACGCGAACUCAAAGUACAACAAGGCCAGCGCCAGAGAUCAGGUUUUCGAGGAGGUGAGGAGGCUGAUGGAGCUGUACAAGCACGAGGUGACCAGCAUCACCAUCACCGGCCACAGCCUCGGCGCGGCGCUCUCCAUCCUGAACGCCGUCGACAUCGUGGCCAACGGCCUGAACACCCCCGUCGGCUCCUCCUCCCGGCCGCCCUGCCCGGUGACGGCCGUCGUGUUCGGGUGCCCCCACGUCGGGGACCGCUUCUUCAGGGCCGCCUUCCGCUCGUUCCGGGACCUGAGGGCCCUCCACGUGAAGAACGCCGGCGACCUCGUGCCGGUGGUCCCGCCGCUCGCGUACGUGGACGUCGCCGUGGUGCUGCCCAUCGACACGGGCCGGUCGCCGUACCUGAGGCCGCCGGGCACCGCGCAGACGCUCCACAACCUCGAGUGCUACCUGCACGGCGUCGCCGGCGAGCAGGGCAGCGCCGGAGGGUUCAGGCUGGAGGUGGACCGCGACGUGGCGCUGGUGAACAAGGGCGCCGACGCGCUCAAGGACGAGUACCCGGUGCCGGCUAAUUGGUGGGUGCCGGAGAACAAGUGGAUGGUCAGGGGCGCCGACGGCCACUGGACGCUCAAGGACUUCAAGGAAAUCUAGUUAAUAACAUAGCUUGCUUCUCAAUUUCUCAUGCAUCAAAAGCUUCUUAAAAUGACGAGAAAGUUUUUGAAUAAUUUCUUUUUCUUCCAAUUCGUUGAGAUAUUUUGUAACCCAAAUUAAAGUUUUAUUACUUGAAACAUUCAAAGCUUAAAGGUUGGCUUCUCAUUUAAUGAGAAUAAAGCUCUUCGGAAA